AUGUCGGUCAAUACCAGUAACCAGGCGUUUAAUGACGCCGCAAAUAUCGAAGCCCAGAAGUUGAAAGGCCAUCUCAGUCAAGACGACAUGCUCCGUCUUUAUAGCUUCUUCAAGAUCGCCAAAGGUGACGACAUAACCACGGAGGCCGCCCCUGGCAUGUUCGAUUUAGCAGUAAGGAAUCGCGUCCAUCUAACCUUCGCAGCCUUUAAUUUCGUCUCGUCCUUCCAAUUUCAUAUUGCUGAUAUCUUUUUGCAUGAGCAGAGGAAGAAGAUGAGGGCGAGUUGGAAGGCCCGGGUCGACGAGGGAGUGACCGUGGAGGAAGCCCAGAAGAAGUACAUUGAGCUCGUGGAAGAGCUCAAGAAGGACAAGCAAAUCCAGUAA